UUAUGCAAGAGGUACCAUGGCGGCCGAGGGGUGGUCGGAGCGAGUGCGGAAGCUGCUGAAGAAGAUGAAUUCCUUUCAUGGAGCAGGUUCUUCCAAGGCGCUGUGUUUGCCAUUUAUGGUUGCUGGACAACAAGUAGGAUAUGUCCCACCCGCUGUAGCUAAAUGUCUCCAUCAGUACCCGACUGUUUUCUCAGUGUCUCAGGGAGAUAAAGCCCCUCCAACGGUGGAACUUAACAAACAACUGACUUCUUGUGACCAGAGGACAGCUGCUGUUCAAAGAGUGCUCAAGGAGCUGAAAGCACAGCAAGCUUUUCCUUGUUUAAAAGGAUGGAGGGAUGAGAUGUACAAUGUAAUGCCCUAUUUUUGUGACACACCUUUCUUCAGCAUGGAACGUGCUGCAACACCACUAUUGGGGGUGAAGACCUAUGGGGCCCACCUGAAUGGCUAUACUUGGCGAAACGAUGAAAUGCACAUGUGGCUGGCCCGUAGGGCAUUGAACAAACCCACAUAUCCUGGCUUAUUGGAUAAUUUGGCUGCAGGUGGCAUUUCAUCAGAGCUGGGUGUCAGAGAAACACUAAUAAAAGAGUGCCAAGAGGAGGCUUGCAUUCCUGCUUCCCUUGCUACGUUAUCCAAAUCUGUUGGAACGAUCAGCUACACAUAUGAAGGGUCAGAUGGAGGCAUCAAUCCUGAAUGCCAGUUUGUAUAUGACCUGGAGCUGCCUGAAGAAUUUGUGCCCCAAGUAGGAGAUGGAGAAGUGCAAGAAUUCUAUCUUUGGUCACUUGAUAAGGUGAGAGAGGCCAUUGGAUCUUCCGAUUUCAAGCCCAACUGCGCGAUGGUAGCACUGGAUUUUCUAAUCAGACAUAGUUACAUUCAACCUGAUCAAGGUAGGCGUCGUCAUUGUCAGCUAUGUAUGGUCAAAGUAAAAAUAAAAUGAACUAGGGGAAGAGAGAAGGGGGAGAAAAUGACAAAGACAGGCUUCUUCGUAGAAACACACUUGAAGGAUAGUGAGUACCAUGCAUACAGAGUUUUCCUCUGCUUCUCUCUUCAGAACCCCAUUAUGUAGAGUUGGUGGAAGGGCUACACCAGAUCCUUUGAAAAGCCAAAGGCUGCCUGCUGAGAUGAGAGUUUUCCCUGUGUUUUCUUUUUGCUAAACCCAAGACUGGCAGGCAUCUCAAAUGGAAACCCUGAGGACUGAGACUACAAGAUCCUGAUCAGGGCUACAAUUACUGCCUCUUUGUACCUAUAUGUGGAAAGCUUGUAAACUCGAGAGUUAACUGUACCACAUGUUUAUACAUAAUGAACAUUGGAAAUGCUUAUUAGUUACAAGAGCACCAAGUGUAUUGUUCAUUUUCUACAUGCUUCAGCCAUGUAAAAUCCUCUGUCCAAAUCUUUGUCCAUUUGAACAUUUAAUUAAAAAAAAAGUCAACCAAAAGAACAUUCUGAAAGUUGGAAGGCAAGGGGGGGGCUAAG